AGACGGACUGCAAUUAUGUUCUGUACGGAGUUACUUCAUUCCGAAAAUUGAUAAAUCUUUUAUUGACGAUUGAGAAUCUUGUUUUACAUUCGGUGUUACAUUCUCCAAAUAAAUGGCGGCACUUAGGCAUAGCUUACAACGAGAAUUGUUUACGCCUGGCGAAGAGAGACUUGUUGGUUUGGUUCAUGUGACUAGUGUGGGCAAGAAGAAAAAAGCAGCUCCUUGUUUUUUAUGUGUAGCUGUUACUGCAGAUCAAAGUAUUGGAGCUGUUAUAUACAAGGUGAAGAAAACGGAGAAAAAUAAUAUUUACAAAAAGAAAAGCAAUUGGCCCUUGAAAGAGCUGAAGCUUGUAGAUGGCAUUGAUGGGAACAAGGAGACUGCUGAAUUCAGCCUUCAUUUUGACAAGGUUUAUCACUGGUCAGCAUCAAAUGUUCAGGAAAGACUUCUAUUAUUUUCCAUUCUGUGGAAACUAUGUUCAAAGUAUUUGCCGAAGCAAAGCCCAAUGUUUAACAACAUACCUCCAGGCAUUACUGAAGAUACUGUAAUACCAGAAGCAUCCACAGCACUAGACCAUGAAGUCAGUGGCCAGAUGGAUGGAGGCAUUGGUGAGGAUGAUUAUCAGGCUCUUACUGAUCGAGAAGAGAAGGAUCUGGAACGGUUAUUAUCGCAGUCUAAUAACGCCUUGAGCAACGCAGAAAAGUUUAUGGAACAACUCGCUAAAGAUUUGUCUUUACUUGAUGGAGCCAACAUUCAAAGUUUAAUGGGUUCUGAAGCUCAAGUCAUACAAUUGUUGAACCUUCUUGAAGCGGCCGAAAAUGAAGCUGCAAGUAUUGAAUCAGAAUUGGACAAGUACGAAAACAUUCUUCUCCAAGCUCGUGUAGCAAUGGCAACAGUUGGUGAGAAAAACGUAUCGUUGGAGACCGCCAAUCGCAACAAUCGUCUACUUCUUAUGGAACUUAACAAUUUAGUUGCACAGCUAGAUAUUCCACACGCCCAGCAGGUCACUUUGAACAAUCCCGACUUGAACAGUCCCACUGGCCUUCAAAACGCUAUAUUAGCCGCCAAAUCUCUUCAGCGUGCAAUGAAUGCUGAAUUGAAGCCAGGAAUAGAGAAAAUGGUUGCCGUUCAAGACCAACGGCGACAAUUAGAAAAAUGGCGAGCAAAGUUUACGCCCACAGUUACCCGUCAAUUGAAUAAUCUCUUUAUUCACCUAAGCAAUGAUUCUGGAGAAACUAGCAGUCAAAGCUCUAAGAGUUCCAGCUCGUCCCAGACAACUGUUUCACUAGCCAAACACGGAAAACUACAUUCUCAACUACAAAUGUAUGCACCUUUAAUGCAUUGGCUUAAAGCUACAGAUCAUGGCUGCUACGAGAAAUUGCUUGAGGUUUACACCACUUCAAUUUGCAAGUUGUAUGAAAGAGAUCUCCGCCAAUUCUUUGAUGAAGCUCGGUCGAAAGUGAUUGGACUUCGCGAGAGAAAACUGCGUGGAAGUGACUCUGGCUCAGAGGUUGGGGCCAGACAUUCCCUAUCCAUAAAAAAUCCAUCCGGAACUAGUGUUACUGCAGCAAGCCCUAGUGGGACAAUACAACAACCAAGUCAAAAUUUGCUAGGCAAUGAGAGAGAGCUUUGGACGGUGGAAGUCGAUAUCCAUGAGAGGAAACGUCUUGAAGACCUACUCGAAUGUGCUCUCGCGGAACUUGAACCAGUUUGUCUUGUAGAACAAGAAUUUUGUGUUGCGUUCUUUGCUUUAGAUCAAGGAGGCAACGAAGGGGAUGAAUCGUCAUCAAGUAACAAAUCUCCGGAACGUUCCAUUAACGAGGAAGUACGAAAAAUGAUGAGUGUUUUAUUUGCUGUUCUUGAACCGGAACUUGUCAGCUUUCUUGCGACAUACGAGAAAGUUGAUAGUUUUUCACCUUUAUAUGUUCUCGUGAGGCUGAGCCAGCACGUGUUGUCUGCAACUGAUACUGGCUCUUUUCUCAGUGUUACGUUUGGCUCGUCAUUAGUUCACGUGAAACGAUCAUUCGAUCGAUUUUUCAUGACCCAACUUCGAUCGAUUGAAGAAUCUAGACAGCAAAAAUCAAAAUGCGGAAUUCUUCCUUUUAUUUCAAAUUUUGAAGAGUUUUCUAUGAUUAUUGAAAAUAUUUUUAAGAAUUCCGAGCGACGUGUUGAUGUUGACAAAUGUUACACUCGUUUGGUGCGGGCUAUGUUUGACGUUAUUCCAAGAAUUGCUGUUGAAAAUUCUAAAACUCCCGCUGAUGUGAUUAAGAUGGAAAAUUAUCAUCGGUUACAUGCUUUGUUAUCACAAUUAAAAAUUGCUGUCCUCGAAGCGGAGAAGAAGGAGGCAAAGCAACGAUAUCAGGAAGCCCUUCAAUUGUAUGUUAUCCUCUAUUUUGGAAGGCCAUUGGAGAAGCUGAACAUAUUUUUUGAUGGUGUGCAAGCAAAAGUUUCACAAGGAGUUAAGGAGUCAGAAAUUGGAUACCAAAUGGCGUUUAGUAAACAAGAGCUUCGGAAAGUAAUUUCUAUUUACCCAGGAAGAGAAGUUAAAAAAGGCCUCGAAUCUCUGUACAAAAAAGUAGAAAAACAUCUCUCUGACGAAGGCAACUUGUUACAGGUUGUAUGGCGUGCAAUGCAAGAAGAAUUCAUUCGACAAUAUAAAUCACUUGAAGACAUGAUUCAGCGUUGCUAUCCCGGUGCCCUGAUAACUUUGGAUUUUUCCAUGAGUGAUAUACUCGAAUAUUUUUCAGACAUUGCCCGUUCCCACUAGUUAAAAAACGUAACUUGUUGAAACUUUUCUAAACGGCAUUAAACUACAAAAUUGAUAAACAAAGACACACAGACACACAAAAUUCAUUUACCUAGACAGUUUCUUACAGAAUGUCAUUUGACCGUCGUUUUUAUAGCUUACCAUUGUUCUCUUGUUAACUAUUUUUGGGAAAAUUUAUAAACAGCAUUUUCAUUUCUCACCUGCUAUUUUUGUAUGCAAAUAGCCUCAAAUCCGCAUCUAACUCGUCUAUUUUCUUUCUCCCUUAUUUAUUUUUUUUCACUAAGUGAACAGUUUACUAAGUACAGCGAAUGUUUAUGCUGCAUCGCGCUAAAAACCAGCGCGCCAGUACGUGAUAGCGCUUUGUACCUCCUUUUAAAUUUUUGCCCAAAUUUGGCUUGAAAUACAUGAUUUCAAUUCAGAAUUAAA